GGUUAGGUCGACGCUCGGCUGAGGUCGGCUGGGGUUCGGGCGGGCUAACUCGACGCUCGGCUGGGCUCGUGCGGGCUCGUUGGGCGCGUUCGGGCGCCGUCGGCUGUUCUCGGCGGAGUUAGAAAAACGAUGUGAGCGGGAGGCGGCGGCGCAGAGGGCGCGGAGCAUCCCGUCCGGGCGCCCGGCGGCGGACGUAUCGGGGCAGGGGGUUCGUGCAGGGCAGGAGCCGCCGCCAUGGAAGACUUCUACGACCCCGAGCACCCGACCCCUGACACGGCUUUCACACAGAAGGAUCCCAGUGGACACCAAAAGGCUAAUGCACCCAGCAGCGCUGAAAUUGCAGUCACCUCUGAGGUGGAAGGGGACCACAGGUGCAUCUUUGCAAAGAGUAUGGAUGGGUCUGAAGAGGUAGAAAGGGAAGAAGAAAAUGAGGGCAAGAGUGAAAAUGUCCAGAAACCUGGCUUUCUCAAAGGCCCCGUCUUCAAAGGAGUGGCGUCGAGCCGUUUCUUACCCAAAGGCACCCGGACAAAAGUGAACCUGGAGGAACAAGGGAGGCAGAAAGUGUCCUUCAGCUUCAGCCUUACCAAGAAGACAUUGCCAAACCGGUUUCUGGCCGCGUUGGGGAACGAGAAGUCCAGCGAAAGUCCAGGCACAUCGCUUCCACCCCUUCCGAGUGACUUCACUUCUAAGCUGAAAGCAGAACUCGAUGAUCCUUUGGGAGCCCCCGAGGAAUUUUCCCCCCCAAAGCCGAAGGCGGAACUGGGCAAGAUUCAUUUCAAGAAACAUUUGCUAAAUGUUACCACGAAACCUUUCCCGGUUUCUGCAUUGCCACCGGUCCCAGUAGCUCCGCUGCCACUUGCUGCAGCAGAAUUGGGGGAGAUGCCGUCAUCCCCACCUCCCCCACCUCCCCCUUUCCCCCCACCACCUCCCCCUCCUCCACAGAUAAAACCAGCUCCCACAACAGUGCUGAUUCCAGUAGGUGCACCCCAAGUUGCAAUACCGGCCCCCGUUGGCCCUCUCUUGACAUCCUCUGUAGAAACCAUCAUCCGAACAAUAAAAGAAUCAUCACCCAGCCCACCACAGCAGGCUUUGGAACUACAAAACACUGUGCUAGGGGACUCUGAAGAACAUCUGGCUCCAGGUGUUUCUGAGGAAGCCGAACCAGCAUUGGUGAAGAGGCAUUCCCACAUUGGGAAGGAAGAAGAAAUUGCAGACAACUCCAAGGGUACCCCAAGUUCAAAGAAGCCGAGGAGGAAGUUCUCAUUGUCAGAAGGGGCGUUGCCAGGAUCCGAGUCGGAUGAAGAUUCAGUGAGGACCUCCUCAAGUCAGCGAUCUCACGAAAUCAAAGCAGCAGCCAGCUUGGAGAAGGAAAAGGAUUCACGAAAAAGCUCUGUGGCUUCAAAAAUGGAAGAGCCGCCAAAGGUCUCUUCACGGUCUAGAUCGGAAAGGGAUGACAAAUAUUCCAGCUAUUCCCGAUCGGAGAGAGAUUCAAGGUACUCCUCACGGUCCAGAUCAGAAAGGGAGAGGAGGCGAAGCCGCUCCCGUUCUAGAUCUGAAAGGGGUUCUAGAACCAGCUCGUCUUACUCUAGGUCUGAGCGGUCCCAUUACUACGAUUCUGACCGGAGAUACCCCAGAAGCUCACCGUACAGAGAGAAGGCGCGGUACUCCCGUUCUUACGUGGACAGUCGGGUGAGAGAGAGUUCCGAUUCGGAAGAAGAGUACCGGAGGAUGCAUUCUAGAUUGUCUACAGAUUCACGGCAUGCAUCUUCUCAUUCCUCAUCUUACAGAGAUUCCAGGACCUCGUCCUCUUACUUAAAGUCAGAGAGGGAAAGCAGCAAGACAGAUUCCACUUACCCUGACAUGGAGAGAAGAGGAAAGCAGGCCAGGUCAGAAAGAGAAACACGAAGGAUUUCUGAAAGUGACUUAACAAAAAAGUCCUCACCCGUCAAUGAGCCGCGACAUCGGCGGGAAGCCUCCCAUUCUAAAGCAGAAGGCAGCGGGAAUUCGUCCCGAUCCAAGUCCACCUCUUCCAAGACAUCUGCGCCCAAGUCAGAUAAAUUUAAGAGUUCUUUCUGUUGUACAGAAUCUGAGGAUGUCAAAGAUCAGUCUAAUUGUGUAGACUCGGAGACUUCUAGUGUACCAGGCUGUGAAAUGAAAACCGCUCUUACCCAGAUGCCAGAAACGGAGAGGACUGUCUCUCCAGUAAGUCAGUUCAGUGACUCACUGAUGUUCAGAAAGCUAGAUGAAUCAAAAACGGGUUCUCCUCUUUCUACGGUAAAUGAACUUGCAGGAAUCGAUAGCCAUAUCAGUAUUAAGGACACGGGAUCUUUAGGUAAAGUAAGAGUCGAGCAGUUAAGGACAUCUUCUCCAGUAGAACUGGAUAGAAAUGGGUCCCCCGAAAGGAGGACCCGGAAGAGGUUGUCCUCUUCCUUUGAAGUAGAAGAGAUUGACCUGUCUUCCGAUGAUAAUUUAGAUGGAUCUGAUCUACCCCCUCGAGCCAAAAGUCCUAAGCUAUCAUCAAAGGGUCUCCAAACCCUGUCUAUGCCCAAAGGGGACAAUCCAGAUGAGUCUGUCAUUUUUUCUGGUGAAUCCAAUGUCCAGUUGCUGGAAGUAAAAAUGGAGGUUUCAAAUCCUCCUUCACCUGAAUGUGUAUCUUCUUUUACCAAGCAGGUCAGUCACUCUAAAACUUUGUCUAAAGAAGGGAGUGAUCCAACAGAUUCCUCUUGUAAAACCAAAGAUCCCGCCCCUUGCUACUUGCCAGAUGACACCUCUGUUUCUUUGUCUUAUUCAGAAAUUGAAAUUGAAGUGGAGCCUUCAGACACAGAAGCUGCUCAAGAACCUCACAUGGGCAUUCGCGCAGAGAUCCCUGCUCAAACAUUCGCAUCGACUAAUGUAGAGGAUCAAAAUCCAUCCGAGUUGGCUCAGGAAAAUGAGAAAUACGCAGGUUUCAGUUCAGCGGAGCCCACACCAGUCAGAGGUUUUACAACAGAAGAGUAUGUUGUGGAAGUAGACAAUCAGCAACAACCAACUUCUGAAAAUGUGCUCCAUCUGGAGACACCCAUCCAACAGAUAGCUAAAGAAGUCUUAACAUGCCCUGAAGUUGCACUUGAGUUAGAUGUCCUGCCUGCAGCAGAUUCCUUUGUCCCAAAAGCAAAAUCUCCUUUGAAAAAUGAGCACUGUUAUUAUUUAGAGAUGCCAGUGAAGGAACCCGAGAAGGUUCCGGAGAAGGAAGAACUUGAGGGGAAAGAUGAAGUGGUCUUUGAUGAAGGGAUGACAUCCAGCUUAGACAAAGCAGCUCCUGGCGUUUUGGUGAUGAAAGACAAAGAGGAUUCUCCGAUGGAAUCCGCCUUUUCGGAAGUGUUGUCCCCUUCUUGUCAAAUUGUUGUCACCGUAGAAGAAACUGAAACCAUAGAAGAAGAGCCCAGAUAUGGCAGCAGCAGCAAUACUCCAGAAGUCUCUUCCGUCCACAACGAAGAUUAUUCUGAUAUGGCCGAAAGUGCAAGUGAGCAUCUGAGCGAUGAGAGCGAGAGCGAGGACUCAGAUUCGGACGAUAGCAGUGUUCCCAGGAACCGCCUCCAAUCCGUGGUGGUCAUUCCCAAGAAUUCCACUCUAACCCUGGAAGAGAGCAGCUCAUGUUCUUCACGGAACAGCCAGAGCAAUCGACGUUUUGUGGACGCCUGGGAAAAUGGCCGGCCUGAGUCUACCAAGCCGUUCUGUGAAGAUGUGCCAGAUAGCUUGGAGCUGAAUAACAACCUGUCCAAUGAAACCAGGACUUUGCCUUCUAGAGAGUCAGAGAGAAGCUUAGCAACGUCAACAGAGCUCAAGAGAACCGAGGGGUCCGGGGGCCCUCAGCCGGAGGCCUCCCAGCCUCAGAGUGAUGACGUUGACAGCACCAGCCACUCCGAGCCAGCUACUGAUUCUUUCCAUAAGCCGGACGAAAGAAUCGUCUACAACGAGACGACCUCGGUCACUCGAUCGGUCGGCGUGUCACAAGGAGAAGAUCUGCACUACCAUUCCAGUUUUGAAAUGACUAACACAAUGGCCGGUGUUUCCAAAUUGGACCGUAGGCAGGGGAGGUCUGCUUUUGCGGGUCUUUCCCAUCCUGCCGAUUUCUCACGGGAGGAUGGCUUUCAUUCGACGGAGGACUUGGGGAGUUUGGGGUGGGAUUUCUCCCAACCAGAGAAGCCCAGCAGCACCUACCAACAGCCUGAUAGUAGCUAUGGAGUUUUCCCAGGAUAUAUUUAUCCCCCGCCCCCAGUCCCAUACGUGGGGUCUCACAGCUACUGGCCUGACAAUGGCUACUGGGAUCCAAGGCUGACCAACCGACCUUCCGCCAUUAGUUAUGAGCGUCUCCAAGGACAGGUCCCUGAUUCGCUCACUGAGGAUCACGAGGAGUACGAAGAAGUGGACCGAUGGGUGGACGAAACCCAGCUCUAUUUUCCUGACCAGUCGGUGAAGUUCCAGUCACGGGACCCCAGGGAAAAGGGGUCGGUGCAGGCCCACGAGAUCAGCAGCAAUUCGGCUAAAGACUUCCCGACGGCGAGGGAAAGGAAAGAACAAGGGACGAAGACAAUGGAAAGAAAUGACAUGAAGGAACGGGGGCCAUUAAAGAAAAGGAUAACCGACUUGGGGAGCGAUUCGGAAAGCGACGGGGGCUCGCAGGAAAGGAAGAAGCUCAAAACAGAAAGUGAGCCAUUGAGCAUCCUGCCCCAGGGUUCGUCGGUGGAUCGUCCGUUGUGCUUUAUGGAAGACUUCCGGGACCCCCAGCGUUGGAAGGAGUAUGCCAAGGAAGGGAAAAUGCCCUGCUACUUCGACCUCAUUGAAGAAAACGUGUAUUUGACAGAAAGAAAAAAGAAUAAGUCGCACCGAGACAUCAAACGGAUGCUGUGUGAAUGUCCAACCGUUUCCAAAGAAGAACUAGCCCAGGGAGAGGCAGCGUGCGGAGAGGAUUGUCUGAACCGUCUGCUGAUGAUCGAAUGUUCCUCCAGGUGUCCCAACGGAGAGCAUUGUUCGAAUCGGCGGUUUCAGAGGAAGCAGCACGCAGACGUGGAAGUCAUCCUGACAGAGAAGAAGGGCUGGGGGCUCAGAGCAGCCAAGGACCUUCCUCCUAACACCUUUGUCCUCGAAUACUGUGGAGAAGUCUUGGAUCACAAAGAAUUCAAAACUCGAGUGAAGGAAUAUGCCCGAAGCAAGAACAUCCAUUAUUACUUCAUGGCCUUGAAAAAUGAUGAGAUAAUUGACGCCACGCAAAAAGGGAACUGCUCUCGUUUCAUGAACCACAGCUGCGAACCAAAUUGUGAGACACAGAAGUGGACAGUGAAUGGUCAGCUGAGGGUGGGUUUUUUCACCACCAAGCUAGUAACUUCUGGCUCGGAGCUAACCUUCGACUACCAGUUCCAGCGAUAUGGCAAAGAAGCCCAAAAAUGUUUCUGUGGCUCCACCAACUGUCGGGGUUACCUGGGCGGAGAGAACCGGGUCAGCAUUCGUGCUGCGGGAGGCAAAAUGAAAAAGGAGCGGUCGCGUAAAAAAGAUUCGGUGGAUGGAGAAUUAGAAGCGCUCCUAGAGAAUGGUGAAGGGCUCUCUGACAAGAAUCAAGUCCUCAGUUUGUCCCGCCUGAUGGUGCGAAUUGAGACACCGGAACAAAAGCUCACGUGUCUCAAACUCAUCCAGAACCCCACUUCAGAUGAAGGAAGUAGCGGGGAGCAAAGCAAGGCCGUCGAUCUCAAUUCGAAGAUGAAAGACCUAAGUGCCCAUGAUGCCGGGGAGAAGAUGGACACGAUAGAAGGAGGAGGAGGAGGUGGGCUGGCCUGUUCCACCAUCCCAGCCAUGUUGAAGAACAAGAAGAGGCUCAGAAAGGAGAAUAAAAGAACAUCGGGGAUGAAGACAACAGCAGCCAUACAGCAGGAAGGUCUCACACACAAAGUUGCACCCCAUACCGAGAUGUCUUUGAAGCCAGAGGACCCCACUUCAAAUGAAAGUAGCAGCAAAGAGUUCAGAAUGGAUCUCAGUCAGACAGUGACGACCGUCAAUAAUGCCCAGGAUGCCGAGAAGAAGGUGGAUCCAAUAGCAGCAGAAGAGGACCUGGCCUGUUCCACCAUCUCUGCCAAUUUGAAGAAUAAGGAAAGGGUCAGAGAAGCCAUGAGUGGGUCACCAAGGACAGGAGAGCAAAAGGCCCUUCCCCAAACAUCUAGACGCCUUACCAAGCGUAAGACCCUCAUUUCAACGGAAGGAGGCAGCAAGAAGAAGAGGUCCAUCAGUCUUGAUCUCAAGAUGAAGAUCAUCAAAGCAUACCGUGCCAGGAAGAAGAUGAAGAUUGUAGCAAAAGAGGAAGGUCUGUCCUAUUCCACCAUCUUCACCAUCUUGAAGGAUAAGAAAAGAAUCCGAGAAGCCCUCAAGGUAUUUCCAGGGACGAGAAAAAUUAUCACAAAAGCACGGAAAUGCCUCCUACGUCCACUCAUACCCCACACCAAGAUACCUGCAAAGCCAAAGACCCCCAGUUCAACUGAAGGGUGUAGCAAGAAGUCUAGGAAAUCCAUCAGUCUUGAUUUGAAAAUGAAGAUCAUCAAAGCAUACGAAGCCGGGACAAAGGCACAGGUUAUUGCUCAAGAAGAAGGCCUGGCCCGUACCACCAUCCUCACGAUUUUGAAAAAUCAGAAAAGGAUCAAAGAAGCUAUGAAAGAAUUAACAGGGACAAAAACAGUUAUCACAGAACCACAGAUGAGCCACAUCCAGCCGCCCACAGCCCACACCAGUGUGUCUGCAGACCCAAAUCCCGCCCCAUCUCCCCCCAAACCAAGAUGGCCGCAAACCCAAAUCUCAACCAACGUAUCUACAAAGCCUACCACCCCCAAUUCAACUGCUGGAAGAGGCAAGAAGCGUAGGACACCCAUCAAUCUUAAUCGGAAGAUGAAGAUCAUUGAAGCGUACGAAGGUGGCAAGAAAGUGUCAGCUAUAGCCCGAGAAGAAGGCCUGGGACAUACCACCAUCUUUACAAUUUUGAAGCAUUCAAAAAGGAUCAAAGAAGCUUUGAAGGAAUUACCAGGCACAAGAAAAAUGAUAACAAGGCGACAGAAAGCCAUCGUCCACCCGGAAACAUCCCACACCAAGGUGUCUGCAAACCCAGAGACCCCCACUUCAGCCAAGGUGUCUACAGACUCCGAGACCCCCACUUCAGCCAAGAUGUCUACAGACUCCGAGACCACCACUUCAGCCAAGAUGUCUACAGACCCAGAGACCCCCACUUCAGCCAAGGUGUCUACAGACCCAGAGACCCCCACUUCAGCCAAGAUGUCUACAGACUCCGAGACCCCCACUUCAGCCAAGAUGUCUACAGACCCAGAGACCCCCACUUCAGCCAAAGAGCGUAUCAAGAAGCAAAGGAAGUCCAUCGAUCUCAACUUCAAGAUGAAGAUCAUCAAAGCGAACGAAGCCGGGAAGAAGACGAAUGUUAUCGCCCGAGAAGAAGGCCUAUCCCGCACCACCGUCUGGACGAUUUUGAGGGAUAGAAAAAAGAUCCGAGAACUGUACAAAGGAUCCACAGGAACAGACAGCUCCAUAACAAGGAACCGAAUAGCCCUCAUCCACCAGACGGAACAGCUCUUGGUGCUUUGGAUCGAGGAUCAGAUCCGCAAGGGGGACCUGGUCAGCUUCCAUUGCAUUCAGGAGAAGACACGCAGCAUUUUCGCCCUGCUGAAGGAGCGAGCCGGUGAGGCGUUUGCCAAAACCUUUGACGCCAGCCGCGGUUGGUUUCUGCGGUUUCAGCGAAGGUUUAAUUACCGAAACAUACCCACCAAGGGGAAAACCACAGGCCUUGACGAAGAAGUUGCCAGACGGUUCCGGGACGAGCUUGAUAGUGUCUUAGUGGAAGGGGAAUACCUGCCCGAACAGAUAUUCAGUGUGAACUCAACCAGGUUAUCCUGGAAAAAAUUGCCAGAGGGCACCUACCUGCACCAAGAAACCCAAGCUGUGCCUGGAUAUAAAACCUUUCAUGACCGAGUCACCUUGCUGUUGGGCGGAAAUGUUGCUGGGUUCAAGCUGAAGCCAUUUGUGAUCCACAAAUCGGAGGAUCCGUAUGUGUUCCAAAAGGACACCAUUCCCGUGCAUUACCAAUCCGAUCGGAAGAUUUGGAUGACCCACAUCCUCUUCGAGUCCUGGUUGAUGACUUAUUUUGUACCCCAAGUCAAGGACUAUUGCUCGCAAAUGAGGAUUCCUUUUAAGAUUCUCCUGAUCUUUGGCAGCGCACCGGGACGUCCCUCGAAUCUGGACAAUCUCCAGGCAGAUGUGAAGGUUGUUUACCUGCCCAAAAACACCAGCCCUCUCCUGCAUCCGAUGGACCAGGGGGCCAUUGCGGCAUUCAAGGCUUAUUAUUUACGGGAGGUCUUGACCGAAGCGGUAACUGCAAUGGAGAAGAGCAGGGUGAGCUUGAACGAAUUUUGGAGCCGGUACGAUAUCCUCCGUUGCAUGGAAAAAAUCGUCGUGGCGUGGCAGGCUGUUGGUGCGACAUGCAUGCAAGGCAUUUGGGAGAAAUGUUUAAAACGUUUUGCGGAUCUCGUCAAGAACUUCGAAGGAUUCGACCCUGAUGAAGAUUUGGACAAAACAAACCAAAACAUUUUGGCUCUCUCGCAAAGCCUCGGUUUACAGGUUGACGCUGAAGCUGUGAAAAAGUGGUUAGCGUCUAUGGAGGGAGACCUUUCCAACGAAGAUUUAAUUGAGCUGAGGGAAGAACUGUCAAGCCAGGAGGUGGUGGAGGAAAAGGAAGCAGAAAAAAAGCAAAAAACCCAGGACGACAUUAAGGCAAAAAAAUUCACCAAAUCAAGAUUGGCUUCUGUUUUCAGGGAGGUUGACACUAUUUUAUCAGAAUUAAAAAGCAUGGAUCCGAAUCCAGAACGUUAUGAAAGGGUACAUGGGAGAAUCCAUGAAAUCAUGCAGCAUUACCGUGAAAUAUAUGAAAACAAAAGACAAAACAGAAUGCCAACUAAAAAUUAGUCAGUUCUUUAAGAAAGUUAGUUCUUCCUUUCUUUUCCGGGGACUGGAAUAAAACACCCAAGCAAUUGUCAGCUCUCAGCUAUGUCCAUCUAUACGAAAUUUUCAAAAACACAGAAAAAGACUUUUAACUUGCCUUCAUUCAAAAAAGACUAAUUUUGUGGUUUAUUUCUGAACAGUAUGAUCUUUGCAGGCCCUGUAACUGCAAAAAUCAGAUGUUGAAUGUUUUAUUUUUAUAAAGCAACAUUACAAUGGCCAGUUUUGUACUUCUGUAAUAAACCAACUUUUCGUACAUUGGGAUUCAGUUUAACCCUUUUUGUUUUCUAUGUAGGCUAGUUGUGUAUAAACUUAUGGCUACAGUUUUAAGGCUUUAAAAACAUUGGUAUCUUUAAAUUGUCAUAAAGAUAUGCAAAGUUUUUGAAAGGUAGUAAAUUAUUACAGUGUAUUUUUAUGGCAAAAGUAUGUUGGAAUUGAAGAGCUCUUGGAAAUGGAAUGUUCAAAAGGUUAUUAAAAAUGUCUACUUUUA